AUGAAACCUAUCCGACAGGAAUCGAUUAAAUAUGAAAAUAUUAAUAGGCGGAUCCCUGAGCUCCGCCCUUAUGAUUCCAUUAAUGCUCGCCAAGAGGGACAGGCCGUUCAAGCACUGAAGCAGCUGUAUGCCUAUGGGAUGCCUAUCGUACUAUCCUCCCUCGCUGACACUCCCUGCGUGGAUCUCGGAAUCGAUGGACUCUUGGAGAGUUUCAACAAGGUGCUUUGCACCCGAUACAAUCUCACCCAGCAUUUAUCCGACCUUUCCAAGUCAUACAUCUCGAAACGUUAUGACUUUGGCACUGCAUUUGCGCAUUUCCGGCGACGUUAUUCCAACGAAUUCAAACGACGCAAUCGUGAAACAAUGGACCGAAAGAUGCGAGAAGAAGUACUCGUGGAGGAUAUAAUCAUCACUCCACGUGUGCCACCUCGCCGAGUCUGGGAUCUGUAUAGUAAUCGAGUGGUGCCAUGGUGGCUCGCACGUAAAACUCCAUGGGCAAUAUCACAAGCAUGGAUGGAUGAGAAAGAUCGUGAGCCUGUACUAACGGCCAUCAACGGACGCGAGUGGCCUGUGCCGAUCCCGAAAGAUAGCGAUUUGGAUGUCGUCCGGGCCGACAUGAUCAAUCUAGGCGCGGAAUAUGUGUGGCUAGAUGUCCUCUGCCUGAGGCAAGGAGAUGACGAAAAGGACUAUGUACGCAUUGCCGAGUGGAAGGUGGAUGUACCCACAAUCGGAUAUGUGUAUGAAAUGGCUGACAGAGUUGUGUACUACUUCUCUGGGUUGGGUCGGCCAUUCACAGCUGAGGAGCAUGACCUGGGGAGUAAUAGGAGUUGGUUUCGACGUGCGUGGACCUUGCAGGAGAUCAGCAAGCACCCCAUUAUCGGCGGGACUUCCAUCGAUAACGCGACGGUGUACGAAAUGCUGCCCGCCAAAUUUCGCGAGCAGCUGUUGUGGCUGGAGAAAAUCGCACAGCGCAUAUUCAAACAGACAGAUGUAUUUGUCGUAUUGUCCCACAUGCGGGGUCGAGUGUCGACCAAACCCAGAGACAGAAUCGCAGGACUAGCAUAUCUUCUGAGACCACAGAUCAUACCCGCAUAUUACGAGGCACAGUCGGAAGAGGAUGCUUGGACUGCCUUGGUGAACGUAAUCGCAUACGAUUACAAGGUGCCAAUGCUUUUCCUAUACCCUGAACCUGGGAACGGAAACGAAAUAUGGAGACGAUCAUGGGACCAGGUCAUGAAUGGAAGCCUUCCGUCUCACAAUCCGCAUUUGCAUGAUGCUGUCACUUGGAACCGGAAGACCAAUACCAACUCAUAUGAAGCAUAUUUCAUCGGAUCGGCCCUUGUGCGAGGAUUGGACCGGGAAGAAAAGCGUGGGAAGCCUCGGCGUGGAGAGUUUAUUGUCAAAAACAAGGUCACUGGGACAGAUCAUAGAUUUAAGAUCGUCGCCGCCCACCAAUACCGAAUAGCGGACGGCCGGUAUACAAUUUUUAGCUGCCCUAAUAAAGGACUCCAUUCAGAGGAGUGGAGGUACUGGGUUUGCGGUCGGAUGCGGGCAGGAAAAAGGUUCGAGAAGGAAUCAGUAUUCCAGAUGCCGUACUUUGUAGAUGUAGGAAGGCUGAAGGCUUUGAAGCAUAAGUAA